UCUCCCCUCAGGCAUGGCGGGCGCGGCGGAGGCGGCGCAGUUGAGCGCGGAGAUCAAGCGGCGGGAGCAGGAGCUGCUCGGGCUACGCGAGCGCCUGUCCGCCCUCCUGGCGGGGGGUGCGGCGGGGGCCGCCGGGGCCGCAGAGGAGGCUGCCUCCGCCUUUCCCGGCGAGCUCCCCCCUCUGCCCGCCCGGGCCUCUCUGAGCGCCGCCGACAUCCUGCGGUACAGCCGGCAGCUGGUGCUGCCCGAGCUGGGCGUGCGGGGGCAGCUGCUCCUGGCCCGUUGCUCCGUGCUCGUGGUGGGCUGCGGCGGCCUGGGUUGCCCCCUGGCUCAGUACCUGGCCGCGGCCGGUGUCGGCCGCUUGGGUCUGGUGGAUCACGACGUGGUGGAGACGAGUAACCUGCACCGGCAGGUGCUGCACGGGGAGGCCCGCCGAGGGCUCCCCAAGGCCGUAUCUGCCGCGGCAGCCCUGCGGCUGCUGAACUCCACGGUGCAAUACGUGCCCUACUGCGGGGCCCUGAGCCCCCGCACUGCCCUGGAGCUGGUGCGGCAGUACGACAUCAUUGCUGACUGCUCCGACAACGUCCCCACCAGGUACUUGGUGAACGACGCCUGUGUCCUGGCAGGGAAACCCCUGGUGUCCGGCAGUGCCCUCCGGCUGGAGGGGCAGCUCGUCGUGUACAACUACCGGGGAGGGCCCUGCUACAGGUGUCUCUUCCCCACGCCCCCUCCACCGGAGACGGUGACGAACUGUGCGGAUGGGGGAGUGCUGGGUGUCGUGCCAGGCAUCGUGGGGUGCAUCCAAGCAUUGGAAAUCCUGAAGAUUGCAUCGGGAAUGGGUUCUUCCUUCAAUCAGUUCAUGCUGAUGUUUGAUGCCCGUGAAGGGAGAUUCCGCAAUAUCAAGUUAAGACCAAAGAAACCAGACUGUGCUGUUUGUGGUGACAAUCCAUCUGUCACCUGUCUGCAAGAUUAUGAGGCAUUUUGUGGUUCCUCUGCAACAGACAAGUGUAGGACUUUGCAUCUGCUCUCCAGUAAAGACAGGAUAUCUGUAGAGCAAUACAAAGAGCUGUUGGAUGAGCAAGUUCCUCAUGUGUUGUUAGAUGUCCGUCCACAGGUAGAAGUGGAUAUCUGUCGCCUGGCACAUGCUCUCCACAUCCCUUUGAGUAAAUUAGAAGAAAAAGAUGAAGAAUAUAUGGAAUAUUUAGAAAAAAAAAUCUCUGAAGAAAAGCAGAGAAGUAAUGGCCAAACAUCCUUUCCUGUGUAUGUUGUUUGCAAAUUAGGAAAUGACUCUCAGAAGGCUGUAAGAAUUCUGCAGGAGCUGCCUGUCAAAGAAUUUGGCUCUGUGUUAGCUAAAGAUAUUAAAGGGGGGCUCAUGGCUUGGGCCAAUAAAAUUGACCCGACCUUUCCUCAGUAUUAGAAAUUUAAAUGAUGAAAAAAAAAAAUCAUAGUAAAUUCCAUAGGGUUUCAUCUACUCUGUGUAAUGGCUGUAUCGUGGAUAAAACAGGACAUAGAAAUACCAUGUUGCUUUUUUAAUGGUAAUUCCUUUUCCCUUAAAAAAAAAUCAUGUGUUUUUGUAAAUGUUCUGUUAUUUUUAUAAAAAUGUGACACUGUGCAUGGACUCUUAAUUAGUAAUUAAAGCCUGGAGAAUGGCAAAGUGUAGAGCCAAGUGUCGGAAGUUUAAUUGUUCUCCUGACUGCCUAAGAAAUUGAAGCAAUGCAUGCAGUGAGUAAUAAAACCCAAAACUAAUUUAAUCUCUAGCUGUUCAACAGCAGUAUUAAUCCUGUCAUUGGGAAUUGCCAAAAUAAUGCUGACAAGACUGUUUUGAUCAGCAUCUUUUAGUUCUCUGAAGAAGCAUUUUGUAUUUAUACAAGAGCUCACUGCAAAUGACAGCACCUGCAGUAAGGUUGUUGGGUUAAGAACUUUCAGGGCCAUCCAUCCACAUUUGUUGGCUGACAAAACAGUGUAUUCCCUGACUUGUAUAGAAAAACUGAAGUUAAAUGUUAAGAUGUGAGUUUGAGCCUAGAAAGCUUGUAAAACAUACAGAAAAUGCUUUUGUGAGGGAUUUAAAAGAUUUCAAAGAUCAAGAGUUGAGAGAAAAAAAGGGAUAUGAGCUCCCUUCAGCAAGCACCAGACAUUUCAGAAGUUGUCUCACAUCAUGGUUGUUGCACAACUCCAGUUGUAGUGCAUUAUUUUGUUAACUGGCAUGAAGAUCCACACAUACCUAAAAAGUUCUCCUACAUGAAUUGAAUGAAAAGAGAAAUAAAUGGCUUCUCAUCAGACAGCUGCCUGAGUCCUCAUCACUUAAGCACAGUAAUUCUUAUUAAUUAAGGUGUGGAUUUCCUUUGCUUCCUGAGGAGGAAAAAACCCACCUGUCGUGACUCAUCUUUGCAUUAUACAUGGGCAAAAAAAAAAAAGAGUAGUAUCAGAUAAUUAGUAGCAAGAAAGGCGUAUUUUAGUAAAAUAAACUUGAUAACAUACAUACCACCUACUUUAUUGUAACUUGCCAUGAGUUCAAACAAGGGAGUAUGUAGGUUUCUUUGGAAAAAAACAUUCCCUUCCUUGACUUAGGUCAGUAAUUAAAUUCGCAGCAAAUAUAACAACAUCUGCUUUGUAUCUUAGGUAAAGAUGAUGUCUGUAGUAAUUGUAAAAAUUUCAUUCUUUAUAUGCUGAAGCUUUUAAGUUUAAUUUCUUUUUUCUCUCUUAGUUUGCUGAACUAAUACACACGUCAUCACAGUCUUCACACUGUGCUUUAAUCUGGAAAUAGACUGAAAAAUCAAAGGUCAUCAGAUCAUAUGAAGGCAAAACUGUUCUUAUUAUUGCAAACGUAUCUUUUGUUUUGACUUGCUUUAUUUCUGGAGCUCCGUAAAACAAGUUGUGGUUUUCUCUUUUCACCAGGAAGUAAAAUAGCAAAUCUCUGCUUAGAAAUCUAGGAGAAGCAAUAAAACUUACUAUUUUGUAUUGCUGCCAAAGUACUAUCCAAAUACUGGUACCUGUUGGCACUG